AUGGCCUCCCCCCGCGAGAAGAAUAACACCAAGUACGCCUCCGAAGACGAGACCUCGGAAGCACCCAGCGAGCAGCAGCAGAAGCCCCAGCGCCGUCAGCGUCCGCAGCGCAGACAGAUGCAAAGACGCCAGCAACAGCAAAGCGGCCCCCUCGACCAGAUUGGUGGUGUCGGUGAUGUCGGCAACGUAGCCAACGGUGUACAGAACACACUAGGCAACGUUGCUGGCGGUGCGCUGCAACAGCAAGGUGGAGGUGGAGGCGACAAGAGCGAUACGCUUCGGUUGCGCCUCGAUCUCAACCUCGACAUUGAAAUCACGCUGAAGGCACGCAUCCACGGUGAUCUUGAGCUGGCUCUCUUGUAA